UUCUGCCCAAAAAACUUUUCGGAAAUAAAAUUUUAUUAAAUGUUAUACUGGAAUUUCUGGCCAGAAUAGAGUCAUGAGAUUACAUAAAAAAGCUUCCAGUUCCUGUGUCACUAUGACGAGUGUGACGUUGCACAAUAAAGAAUCCAUUCAUAGUUCAAGAGUUGGCAAUGCCGGAAGUCACAGUUUCUCAUACUGGUAGCCUCGCGUAGGGCCCAGUUCUUUCCCUUUGUUGUUGUUGUUUUGAUUGCUCGUAGGUUAUAUUGCCCUAUGUUUUGAUAACAUUUUUCUGCUUUCACUUCCAAUUUUGAAACGUAUUACCUAUCAGAAAAUGAUGUUUCUCCUUAGUGAGGAACACAAAUCUCAUUUAUCUGUGUUGCUUAACCAGCCACCUCAGUUGCUACAGGAUUUUUGUAGACUGGCCUUGGAGCUUCUGAAAAGAGGCCACAAUCUGAAAUUGUAUUCUGCUGCUGCACAAAAACUUGCGGUGGAAGUCCAAGUCAUUCAGCUGGCGGUAGAAGGCUUAGUUCAGCUCCUUGUUAAAAGUAGACAACACAAGCUAUCAGGAUCAGAUUUUCGAGAUGUAGCCCUGGCAUCAGGUUUCAAUGAGGAGUUGGAAUCUGUGUUGACAGAGUUUUAUGAAAGUAAUAAAGAAACAGUGGACCUGGCACUGGGUACUCUUGCACCUUCGUUGCCACAUUAUCAUAAUUUGGAAUGGAGGUUUGAUGUCCAGAUUGCAUCUAAAGCCUUAGUAAAGGAAACAAUUCCCACAUUGACCAUGAAGCUGGGCUUGGAAGAAAGACCACAACUUGAAGACAAUCCUGUGCGAGAAAGUCUCCUUUUGCAAACAGAUCCGAACAACCUGAAGCACAUAAUCCAAAAAUUAGAUGAGGCUCUGGUAGAGGCAUCCAGUCAACAUAGUAGAAGACUGCAGAGAAUAUUCAAGUAAAAUAGUGUUGUAUCAGUUAAGUUUGUACUUUGAUAUGUACUUUGUAUAAAAUAAAUGUUGUAUAUAUAUUCAA